UUUUCCUGCGUGCAUUCAUUUGCCGCCUUCUCUCCCUGUACGAGGAGCAGCGCGUCUGGGAUGGCCGAGGAUUAGACACCGGGCACCCUCUGCCUCAUAAAGUCAUCAGGAGGAGGAGGAGGACAGGGGGGUGACUCUUGGGAACCUUAGCCCCCCUCCCAGCCUCCUUGCUUUUAUUCCCAUUGAAAUAUUCUACUGAAGAGCUCCUGGCGCACUUCUUAGCCUCUGUCUUUUUUUUCUUUCUUUCUUUUCUUCUCCUUGUGACAAGAUUCCUGUCUCCUGCUGGGAUUAUUUGGGGCCGAAUGGGUGACCUCGCUUUCCAUCCAUUCAUCCAUCCAUUUUAUGGAACCUGCUUCUUUCCCCCUCACUCGGAGUUGUCAUGUCCAAAGAAGACUCACCCGCUCACUGACUGACUGACUCAGGAAGGAGCUCCGGAGAAUUUUUUCUUUUUUUCUUUUGGGAAUCCAGUUGAAGGCUGCGACGCGAGGACAGGGAUGAAGAUGAGACCUCCCGGCCCUCUGCUGAUCCUGCUCUAUGUCACACUGUCAAAGUGUCUCAAGGUGGUCUCCAAGAGAGGCUCAGCGGAUGGCUGCACAGACUGGUCGGUGGACUACCUGAAGUACCAGGUGCUGCAUGGCGAGCCGGUGCGGCUAAAGUGCGCCCUGUUCUACGGCUACAUCCGCGCCAACUACAGCCAGGCUCAGAGCGUGGGCCUCAGCCUCAUGUGGUACCGCAGUUCGGGCCUGGGCCACAGCGACUUCGAGGAGCCCAUCUCCUUCGACGGCGUCCGCAUGAGCAAGGAGGAGGACGCCAUCUGGUUCAGACCCGCCGACCCUCAGGACGUCGGACUCUACUCAUGCGUGUUACGGAACGCCACUUACUGCAUGAAGGUGUCCAUGUCGUUAACGGUGGCAGAGAACGACACCAACAUGUGCUACAACUCCAACAUGCGGCGGAUGGAGAAGGCCGAGCUCAGCAAGAGCAAAGACAUCCUGUGCCCCGACAUCGACGACUACGUCGAGCCCGGCAAAGAGCCAGACAUUACCUGGUACAAGGAAUGUCAUCCAAGGCAGUGGCGUGCCAGCGUCAUCCAGAAGAGAGACAUUCUCUCCUUCAAGGAGGUGACGGAGGACGACAUCGGAAAUUACACCUGCGAGGUCCAGUUUGGCGGCUUUGUGGUCAGGAGGACGACGGAACUGGCCGUCACCGCCCCUUUGACCGACAAGCCACCCAAGAUCCUGUUCCCCUUGGAAAACAAGAUUAGCAACAUGGAGCUGCAGCUAGGAGGCUCUCUGAACCUGACGUGCCGGGCGUUUUUCGGCUACAGCGGCGACGUCGUCCCACUCAUCUACUGGAUGAAGGGAGAUAAGUUCAUUGAGGACCUGGACGAGGAGCGAGUGCAGGAGACCGAAAUCAAGAUCGUCAAGAAGCAUCUGGGCGAGCAGGAAGUGGCCAUCUCCCUGACCAUCGACUCAGUGGAGGAGGAGGAUCUGGGAAAUUAUUCGUGUUACGUGGAGAACGGCAACGGCCGCCGCCAGGCUAGCGUGCAGCUCUUCAGGAAGGCAGAGCUCAUGUACACGGUGGAGCUGGCCGGGGGUCUCGGGGCCAUCCUGCUGCUGCUCAUCUUGCUCAUCUCGCUCUACAAAUGCUACAGGAUUGAGCUGAUGCUGUUCUACAGGCGGCACUUGGGCAGCGAGGACCCGGACGGAGAAAACAAGGACUAUGACGCCUACCUGUCCUACACCAAAGUGGACCCUGACCAGUGGAGCCAGGAGACCCGCGAGGAGGAACGCUUCGCCCUGGAGAUUCUCCCUGACGUGCUGGAGAAGCAUUACGGCUACAAACUCUUCAUCCCCGACCGGGACCUCAUCCCGACCGGAACUUACAUCGAGGACGUGGCGCGCUGCGUGGAUCAGAGCAAGCGGCUCAUCAUCGUCAUGACGCCCAACUACGUGGUGCGGCGCGGCUGGAGCAUCUUCGAGCUGGAGACGCGCCUGCGCAACAUGCUGGUCACCGGCGAGAUCAAGGUGAUCCUCAUCGAGUGCGCCGAGCUGCGCGGCAUCAUGAAUUACCAGGAGGUGGAGGCCCUCAAGCACACCAUCAAGACCCUCGCCGUGGUCAAGUGGCGCGGCCCCAAGAGCAACAAGCUGCACUCCAAGUUCUGGAAGCAGCUGCGGUACGAGAUGCCCUUCAGGCGCACCGAGCCCAUGCCGGGCCACGAGCCGGCGCUGGACGUCAGCGAGCGGGGCGCCUUCGGCGAGCUGCAGACCGUCUCGGCCAUCUCCAUGGCGGCGGCCACCUCCGCCGCCGUGGCCGCCGCCCACCCGGAGCUGCGCUCGUCCUUCCGCAACUCCUACCACACCGCCGUCAGGCAGAAACACUACUACCGCAGCUACGAGUACGACGUGCCCGCGGGGGGCGCCCUGCCGCCGCUCUCGUCGCUGGGGAGCCAGCACACCUACUGCAACAUCCCCCUGACGCUGCUCAACGGGCAGAGGCCGCCCGGGAAGAGCCGCGAGCACAGCCUGGAGGAGGCGCACGCCAACAACGCCAUGCUGCCCCUGCUGCCCCGCGAGACCAGCAUCUCCAGCGUCAUCUGGUAACCCGCUGCAGAGUCGACGGGCCGCCAGUGCUUUUGGCUUUCUUUCCUUUUGCUUUUUUGCUUUUUUGCUUUUUCAAGGGGAGACGCUCCGUUAAGGGUUCUUUUCUACGUGGAGAUUUGUAACCAUCAAAGGAAGAACGCGCGCACACAAAAACAGGGUCUUAUGUACAUAUUUCGCCGUUCAUUUGUAGCAUUCCUCUUACGUUUUCUCAUUCACACGUCUGUUGCCUUCUCCAUCCUAGGAGUUUGAUUGAACUUCCAGAAGUGUAUAUUUGUUAGCACUUUUUGGGUUGUUUUUUUUGUGCUUGUUUGCAAAGCCCGUUAUGCAGUGUCCGCUUUCAUUUGAAAUCUUUGUAUUCUUUUUAGGUUUUCCUGGACAUUUUAUCAGCUUCCAGGAGCUGUAACGACUUCUUUUUGGUGUCUUUUGACCUGUAAAAGGUGUAUCUUCUUUUAAAAAAAAAAACAACAAAAAAACAAAGGAAUAUCAACAACAAGAACAACAAAGAUCAUAGAAUAUGCAAAAAUGAAAAGUGAGGGCCUGAGAAGAAGGAGGCGGGGCUUGUCCACACCAAUCGACGACGACGACAACGUUUGCUAUUUUCUAUUCGAGACGCUGUUUGAGAAUGCCUCACCUUAGAAAAAAAAGAAAGUGUAGAUUAUUUUCAAAAAAGAACUCUAUUUUUCUAAGCGGUUGCCUGAGGAGUCCCAUUUUUGCUUCAUCCACCGAGGGAGGACAUUGCAGUGUUUUCUACACGACGUUGGAAUCCCACAUAAACUCAAAUCAUUUUCAUUGUUUGUUUGUUUUGAAAAGGAACACAAAAACCAUGACAAUGUUCACAUUCUGAUAACUGCUUUGGUUUCCUAUGUAACAAUAAUUCAUGUUUAAGGCAAGAAAAAGAGUACAUUUGUGUUUGGGCGAAAAGACUUUAGAUAUAUUUGAAGGUGUGACUUUUUUGAGUAUGCAUAGCAAAUAGAUAUGUAUUCUAUAUAUAAUAUAGAUAUUGAUAUCAAUAUAUAAACACAAUUUUCACGCGGAGAGAAAUGUCUAUCUUUAUAGGAACACAAAUCAUGAUCCGUUGCCCUUCUACUUUUCUCACUGCACAUUAAAAACAACUUUGAUUUCCUC